UCAAGUCAGGAAAGCAGCUGAGGGAAUGUGCGCACACAUCCAUGAUGUGGACAGAUUCCCACAAUGGCCUGUAGCCCUCCUGUCUGUCAUGGAACCCAGUGCUAUCUGUGCCUGUGAGGACCCUGUACCAGGUUCCUGGUGCUCUGGCCUGUCAGAGAAAGAAGGAACCUUAAGGGCCAUUCAAGCCAGUAGUCCACAGGCAGAGCUUCGGUCUUCUCUGCCCAAGCUCUACCAGAGAGGUUCUGCUUUUAUUCUUUUGUAUUUGUUUUUCUCAAUGGGAUAGUGUUUUAAAAUCUGGUUCCAUGAGGAGAAGGGAAAUGUGAAAAUCAUCCGUGCCCUCAUUUUACAAAAGGAGAGGAGACUCUGAGAAAAAAAGGAGUUUUCCCCAAGGUCAAACGGCUCAGUACUGGCAUGAGAAGACCCCACAUCCUCAACUCCUUACACACUUUUCAGAAGGAGGGAAGAAAAUGAGUGAUUGUCGUAAUCUGGAGUAAAAGGCUGAGUCUGCCCGAAGAGUCCCCAGGUGCAAUGUGCUCCUGCAACACCAUCCCAUGGUGGGGGUGAGCAUCACAUGCCAUUUGUGCCAGCAACCUGGGGGUGAGAACUGGGGUGGGGGUCCAGAGGGACCCACAGGGCCUGGCCGUGGAAUUUCAUGGUCACAGUCACACACACACACACACACACAUACACACACACACACACACACACACCUGCACUCGUAGCUAAUCGUCAUCCAAACUCCUGCCUGGCCUUGACAACUGUCCCUGGGAAUAUUGUCUCCUUAGGUCAUGGCGGGCUGAACCAGCUGGGAGGGGCCUUUGUGAACGGCAGACCCCUGCCCGAAGUGGUCCGCCAGCGCAUUGUAGACCUGGCCCACCAGGGCGUGAGGCCCUGUGACAUCUCUCGCCAGCUCCGCGUCAGCCAUGGCUGCGUCAGCAAGAUCCUGGGCAGUAGGUACUACGAGACUGGGAGCAUCCGGCCUGGAGUGAUAGGGGGCUCCAAGCCCAAGGUGGCCACCCCCAAGGUGGUGGAGAAGAUUGGGGACUACAAACGUCAGAACCCUACCAUGUUUGCCUGGGAGAUCCGAGACCGGCUCCUGGCUGAGGGCGUCUGUGACAAUGACACUGUGCCCAGUGUCAGCUCCAUUAACAGAAUCAUCCGGACCAAAGUGCAGCAACCAUUCAACCUCCCUAUGGAUAGCUGUGUGGCCACCAAGUCCCUGAGCCCCGGACACACGCUGAUCCCCAGCUCAGCUGUAACUCCCCCGGAGUCACCCCAGUCGGAUUCCCUGGGCUCCACCUACUCCAUCAAUGGGCUCCUGGGGAUCGCUCAGCCUGGCGGUGACAAGAGGAAAAUGGAUGACAGUGACCAGGAUAGCUGCCGGCUGAGCAUUGACUCACAGAGCAGCAGCAGUGGACCCCGAAAGCACCUUCGCACGGACGCCUUCAGCCAGCACCACCUCGAGCCGCUCGAGUGCCCAUUUGAGCGGCAGCACUACUCGGAGGCCUAUGCCUCCCCCAGCCACACCAAAGGCGAGCAGGGCCUCUACCCACUGCCCUUGCUCAACAGCACCCUGGACGACGGGAAGGCCACCCUGACCCCUUCCAACACGCCCUUGGGGCGCAACCUCUCGACUCACCAGACCUACCCCGUGGUGGCAGAUCCUCAUUCACCCUUCGCCAUAAAGCAGGAAACCCCCGAGGUGUCCAGUUCUAGCUCCACCCCUUCCUCUUUAUCUAGCUCCGCCUUUUUGGAUCUGCAGCAAGUCGGCUCCGGGGUCCCAGCCGGUGCCUCGGUCCCGCCCUUCAAUGCCUUUCCCCAUGCUGCCUCCGUGUACGGGCAGUUCACGGGCCAGGCCCUCCUCUCAGGGCGAGAGAUGGUGGGGCCCACGCUGCCCGGAUACCCACCCCACAUCCCCACAAGCGGACAGGGCAGCUAUGCCUCCUCUGCCAUCGCAGGCAUGGUGGCAGGAAGUGAAUACUCUGGCAAUGCCUAUGGCCACACCCCCUACUCCGCCUACAGCGAGGCCUGGCGCUUCCCCAACUCCAGCUUGCUGAGUUCCCCAUAUUAUUACAGUUCCACAUCGAGGCCGAGCGCGCCACCCACCACUGCCACGGCCUUUGACCAUCUGUAGUUGCCAUGGGGACAGUGGGAGCGACUGAGAAACAGGAGGACUUGGCCUGGGACAGGCCCCAGAGAGUCACACAAAGGAAUCUUUAUUUAUUACAUGAAAAAUAACCACAAAUCCAGCAUUGCGGCACACUCCCUACAUGGUUAAUUUAAUGAACCAUGAAAGACAGGAUGACCUUGGAGAAGGCCAAACUGUCCUCCAAGACUCCUUAAUGAGGGGCAGGAGUCCCCGGGAAAGAGAACCAUGCCAUGCUGAAAAAGACACAUUGAAGAAGAAAUUUAGCCCCAGCCGGUGCCCACCAAAGGAGAGAAGAAGGAAUAGCCGAGGAACUUGAGGGGAUGGCAAAUGGCUCCUGCCUGGGCCCAAGGAGUGCACAGGGCACCUCCAUGGCUCCAUUAUUAACACAACUCUAGCAGUUAUGGACUGUAAGCACUUCCCUCCAGCCCACAAGUCACAGCCUGGAGCGGAGGCUCUCCUAACCCACCACCCGGGGAGUCACCUCCCUCAGCCUCCCACCUGCUCCACACUGAGGCUCUCGCUGUCCUCCUUAUCCACUCCACUUGCUUGGUUCUUUCUACACCUCCCUCUUGGGCAUGGGCUAAGGGCUGGGGCGAGUCCCUCAGAAAUUCCACCAGGCUGUCAGCUGACCUCUUUUGCCUGCUGCUGUGAAUGUGCAGCCCCACCCCAGGUCCUCCAGCAGUGGGGCAUCCCCUUGGCAGCUACCAUUAGCCACACCAGCCCCAGGCAGCUUAAAACAGACAUUCCACAGGGCCUGGGCCGCUUCGAGGUGAGGUGUGGUGUGCAGCUGCACCCAGAGCAGAGCAAGGCAGAAUCGCAGGGAACCCGCUCCCCAUCCCAACAGCUCCUGCCAAGCCAAGAGGGCUUCCUGCAGCUCACGACCACCAGCUACUGAAGAGACCCAAGGCACCGCCUGAAGCCAGCAAUAGAGGGUCCCUUUCUGCUCUGCUCUCCGGCAGCUCCUGCCCCCAAGGCCUGACUGUAUAUACUGUAAAUGAAACUUUGUUUGGGUCAAGCUUCCUUCUUUCCACCCUCAGACUUUGGCCUCUGAAAUGUCUCUCUGCCACGUGGGGCUUCUCUCCUUGAUGCUUCUUUCAUUUUUAAAGACAACCUGCCAUUGCCACAUGACUCAAUAAACCAUUGCUCUUCAUCUC